AUGCAUGAGCUCUUGCUCUAUGGUCAGGUGCCACUCGAGCGCCAUGAUCAAGUCCUCAAGAUUCUCGCUGGCAUUGCUGCCAUGCAACCUCAGACUUUGUUUGAAAGACGUCUGAUCUACAGACCCAUGCGCUCCGCCCAAGAUAAUAAGCCUAAUAAAAAGUUCCCAAACAAGCCCGUCAAACCUCAGCCACUCAUAUUUCAACAUCUUGUCCGUCAGGUCGACCAGUCUGAGUUUGGCAAGGACUCUGAAGUUCUGCUCGAGUCUGAAACCAACGCGAAUGCUAGCCGGCCUGCGUAUACAUGGAGGAUCAAGACACAAGAGACCCCAGAACCCGAGAUCAAGACUAUCAUCCUACGACAAGCAACAGAUACUGUGCUGGAUACAGACCAACUACGCGUCUUCCUGGAUCCUACUAAUAACGGGUUUGUAAAUGAGUUUUUCAUCGAAGGUCACAGAUUUGUGCACAAGAACAUGGUGCUUACGUUGUUCCGUCUCCUGAGAGCAGGCGACACGCCUCAACAGACCCCUUUGACCACGUUACCCCCCUUGGAAUCUCUCAGCCCCCUAGACGUUAGCGGCGCAUUCGUUCUCGAGGCCUGCGUUCGCAUAGACGAUCGAACCAAGCCCCAUCUGGUGUCUACUGCUUCUGACGAAUUGAGCGCGUUCAAGGACCUGAUGAAAGGCUCCGUUGAUAUGAAGGUGCCCGAGAGAUUGUCGCUCGACACUCGCGUUCGAUAA